AUGCUCCAAGGCCGGACACUCCUUGUGGUGGACGAUGGGAUUGAGGCCGGGGACACGAUGCGCGAAGCCAUUAUGCACUUGAAACACUGCUAUGGCGCCAAUAAGAUCAUUGUUGCCGUGCCUGUGUGUUUGGCGGAUCUGCGCAAGCAGCUGCUGCGGCAUGUGGAGAGCGUGGUUGAUAUUGUGUCGCCGAUUUUUGUCGGAUCGAUUGCGCGGUGGUAUGCGCGGGGUGUGGCUGCGUCACAUGCGGAGCAGAUUGUUUUGAACCGCCUGUUUACGAACACUGGAGGCAGCGAGUUUGAUCUGGAAUGA